AAACGUCUCGUACAGAGCUUGUUCGGGUUUUAAUCGAAGACUUGGGGUACACUAUGAGUCAGGUAAAGCCUUGAUUACACAGAGAACGCUUAUUUUUAAUAGCAUAUUUCCUACAAUGCGUACAGUACAUUUCAUAACAGCCGCCUAUUAUUUAAAUGCCUGGAAAACUUGUGCACCAGCGUGAAACGUCACCACGUUCAGCCUGCGCGCUGGAGUGGGUCGACUUCCUCUGUGUGGUGCCCGUGUCUAAUUUUUUUUUUUCCUGGAUGUGUCAUUUUGCACUCCUGCAUUUUCUCCGAUUGUGAUUCUUGCCUACACGUAUGGUGCGGGGAUAGUGGAGCAGGACGCCGCGACAGCAUGAGUCUCCUGUGUCGGAUCUGCCCCGCGGGGCUGCUGCUCAGACGGACUCUGGGUCUCUGUGCCGGUUCCGUACUUUUGGGGUCUCGGGGGUUGUGCUCCGACGCGUCCCGCUGGAGCAGUGUGCCCAACGCCAGCGUUGGUUCUGCCAGCCCCGUCAGCCUGUCGUACGACGUGUUUGACGGAAAAGGGACGGAUGCCCCCCUGGUGUUUCUCCACGGCUUGUUUGGCAGCAAAACCAAUUUCCACUCGAUAGCCAAAUCCCUUGUGCAGCGGACAGGGAGAAAGGUGUUGACUGUGGAUGCUCGUAACCAUGGCAAUAGCACACACAGUCCUGUUCUGACCUACGAAGCUAUGACCAAUGACCUUCAGCACCUCCUUAGCCAACUCCACAUCGGGAAAUGUGUUCUGAUUGGCCACAGCAUGGGAGGGAAAGUUGCAAUGGUGACCGCUCUGCUGCAGCCGGCCCUGGUGGAGCAACUUGUCGUGAUUGAUAUCAGCCCCAGACAGACAACGGUGCGCACCAUGUUCCCCUCUUACAUCCAGGCCAUGAAAGCUGUCAAACUAGACAGUAACAUCCCCAGGUCCACUGCCAGGAGGCUAGCUGAGGACCAGUUACGUGCACAUGUGAAGGAACGUUCCAUUCGACAGUUUCUCUUAACAAAUCUUGUGGAGCAGAACGGUCAGUAUUCUUGGAGGGUGAACCUGGAAGCCAUCUCUGAGCACUUGGAUGACCUUUUGAGCUUCCCUGAUUUCAACAUAACCUACGAAGGCCCAACGCUCUUCCUGGGUGGAACCAAUUCUUCCUAUAUCAGCUCUGAGGAUUACCCUGAAAUCCACCGCCUGUUCCCCCAUGCGGAUAUUCAGUACAUACCGGACGCUAGCCACUGGAUCCACGCGGACAAGCCUCUUGACUUCAUCAGCUCGGUCAUUUCAUUCGUGCAGUCUUAGCCUCCCGCAGGGAGUCUCCGGAGAUCACGGUGCUGCCACCGGAGAGGGAAGAAAGCCGGAAUUUCCGUUGUAAACCCGCUGCAUCACUGACCCUAGGAAGUUAGUGUUCAGUCAAGGAAAUAAUACAUAUUUCCAGUAAUUAUUGUGCUUUUAUUUUAGUAUUAAUCAAUGUUUGUGUAUGUUAAAAUAGAUAGAUAGAUAGAUAGAUAUAUAUAUUUUUAGUGCGGAUGGGUGGCUUUGGAUGGCAAGGGUUUCAUCUUGACUCCUGCUCUCAGAGGAAGAGUUUCGUACUUCGAAAACUCACAGGGCGAUCUGCUGUGUUGAAAACUAUGCACUACUGCCUGCUUUAACUUUGCAUUCCAGAUUCGAGCUGGUAUCAUCCGAAGGGCAUUGCUAGCUAUGCAAAAGAAAGCAUCCAGUGAUGUGUUAGGUUUCUCAGUGUACUUUCCAUAUAUAUGAGAACAUUUAUACUGGAUAUUCAGCUACUGACUGUAUACCUGAAGUAUACAAAGAAUAUAUCUCAGCUGCCUCAGAGCUAGAUCUUAAAAUGCUUUACAAUACUCUAAGUACUUUUACAGUUUGUCUAAAGGAUAACUCUCAAGUCCAUCAUCCCAUUUUUACCUUCAGAGGUCCAACGAAUAUACUUGAUGUUCAGCAUUUUUUAAAACCUUUAUUUUCAGCAAAGACAUGGCAUCCAAACAGGGAGUUCUUGGAUACUUCAGAAACACAGGUCAGUCUGUGGGGGUAAUAUAGCACAACUCUAUGAUCAGUGGCAAUUUUUCAGUUUAACGUGUCAUUGUUUGUGAAAUCAAGUAAAUAUGUUUAAACUGCAGCUGUAACAUUUAAAAUUAUCCAAAUGAUGUAAUACUGACAUCCAUUUGUGUAUAUAGUUUUUAAUUUGUAUUUUAUACUGUUGAGGGGAAUACAGCACUGCCUCCUGCCAUUGUCCUUGAUGAAUUGCUUUGUCCACAAUCACUGUUACAAGACGGUUCAGUCAUGUUACCAUCUUUUUUGUUACUUAACUCAUAAACAUGUUAAUACAAAACUACAGCUCACCUAAAUAUUUAA